GCUCGUGACAAUCUGAAAGGAAUAGGAAAUAAAAUCUCGACAAUGGCUGCAAGCAACGAUAUUGGGGGAAUUAAACUAACCACUGGACCAACUUGCCUCACCAGCAGGAUCUUCGUGCGCAACCUUCCGGCUUGCACCCGCCACGAGCUGGCUGAAUUAUGCCAGCCGUACGGGAAAGUCCUUGGCUCGCUAGUCUAUAGAAGGCUGGGAUUUGUCCAGUUUUCAAACAAGAAGGAAGCCGAUCUCGCCAUAGAGAAUCUCGAGUACAUGGUCUUCAAAUCCAAUGUGCUUUAUGUUUCAAAUGCCAGUUUCCGAUCCUUGAAGCUGGUGGUUAACUCCCUAGUGGACAUGGUGAAUGAAAUCAGGGCAGCUAGAGGGGAGGGGCCGGGCCCCACCUUAGAGGAGUAUGCCAAUAUGGAGAUUUCGUCCGGCUCUUCCGAAGAUGAUUACUCUUCCGAGCUGGAGGACUACCCCGAUCUUAUGGAGUAUGUCGAGCAACACCCCAAUCCUCUUGACGAUGAAGACUAA